GGAAGAACACUUUGCACUCAUAGCUUGUUGUGGCAAGUUGUACGUUGUUGAACUGUACUGUGGAAGACGCUUAGCUCUCGAAGUUAGUUGUGAAAAUGGAAGACGACGUUGCGGCAUUAGUUGUUGAUAAUGGAUCUGGUAUGUGCAAGGCUGGUUUCGCCGGAGACGAUGCGCCAAGAGCUGUAUUCCCCUCCAUCGUCGGUCGUCCUCGCCAUCAAGGUGUGAUGGUUGGUAUGGGCCAAAAAGACUCGUAUGUUGGCGAUGAAGCUCAAAGCAAAAGAGGUAUCCUUACCUUGAAAUACCCCAUCGAACACGGCAUCGUCACAAACUGGGACGAUAUGGAAAAGAUUUGGCAUCACACCUUCUACAACGAACUUCGUGUAGCACCAGAAGAACACCCCGUCCUUCUCACCGAAGCCCCGUUGAAUCCCAAAGCCAACCGUGAAAAAAUGACCCAGAUUAUGUUUGAGACAUUCAACACCCCAGCUAUGUAUGUAGCUAUCCAGGCUGUGUUAUCCCUGUAUGCUUCUGGUCGUACGACAGGAAUCGUGUUCGACAGUGGUGAUGGUGUCUCCCACACCGUACCAAUCUAUGAAGGUUAUGCCUUACCUCAUGCCAUCCUUCGUCUCGAUUUGGCUGGUCGUGAUCUCACAGAUUACCUGAUGAAGAUCUUGACCGAGAGAGGUUACUCGUUCACCACAACUGCCGAAAGGGAGAUCGUUCGUGACAUCAAAGAAAAGUUGGCCUACGUUGCUCUUGACUUUGAACAGGAGAUGGAUACAGCAGCAAGCAGUUCCACCUUGGAAAAAUCCUACGAGCUUCCUGAUGGCCAGGUUAUCACCAUUGGCAACGAGCGGUUCAGAUGUCCUGAAGCUCUCUUCCAACCAUCCUUCCUCGGAAUGGAGUCUGCUGGUAUCCACGAGACCUGCUACAAUUCCAUCAUGAAAUGCGAUGUUGAUAUCAGAAAAGAUCUCUAUGCUAACACAGUGUUGUCUGGUGGUUCUACCAUGUUCCCUGGUAUUGCCGACAGAAUGCAGAAAGAGAUCACAGCUCUCGCACCACCAACAAUGAAAAUCAAGGUUAUCGCUCCACCAGAAAGGAAAUACUCUGUCUGGAUUGGUGGCUCCAUCUUGGCCUCACUUUCCACCUUCCAACAGAUGUGGAUCUCAAAACAAGAAUAUGAUGAAUCUGGUCCAUCCAUUGUUCACCGAAAAUGCUUCUAAGCUCAAUGGACAUAUAGUUAUUUUCCUAAUUCUAACAUACUCUUGUUAUAAACCUUUACAGUAUGUCUAAAUAAUCAAACCAAAUUGCUUAUUUUCUGGAAUAUUGUGCUUUGAAAAACAGUCUGUACAGUUCAAUAUUGACAUUGCUGGUUCACAAAAAACUAUAAAAAUUACAUAAAAAGGAGCGUUUCUUUUUUUACAACCCUCUUAGCUAACUUUUUGUAGAUUUGAUAUUAUGAUUGAAUAAAACACACAAUUGCUUCUAGA